CCUCUCUUGUUUUCUGCUUCACCAUCUCUUACCUCUUUCUCCUCCUUACCUUCCCCAGAUUGUUCCCCAGCCUGGCGAAUAAACGAAUAAACGGGGCCACUGAUAUUUCACACGAGCUGAGCGCAAACACGCCAAGAUGUUCAGCAACCGCAAAUUCUCAAUCAACCGGCACACUGGUGUACCCAAGCCCAGACGCUUCAGUGUCGGCGAGAUCGGAGGCAAUGAGGUCCAGUCCAAGACUCACAGACAGUUCCGCAACGCCCACGAGGGCCAUCAACCCCAUGCUGGUCUUGAUGCCAGCCGAGCCUCUACCGGUGUCGUCUGGUGUACCGAGCGCGCCUCUGAGUAUGGCUUCCUUGAGGACCCCGACUCCUGGGCCAACCUGGGUCAGGGUGCCCCCGAGGUCGAAGAUGACAUCGCCGGUUGUUUCCCCCGUCCCACCACUAUCGACAUCUCGAUGGCCGGACGCGAGUACGGCCCUACUGCUGGUAUCAAGGAGCUUCGCGAAGCUGUCGCCAACCUCUACAACGUCAUGCAUCGUGAGGGCAAGGACAGCAAGUACACCUGGGAGAACGUCGCAAUUGUCCCCGGUGGUCGCGCCGGUCUGAUUCGGAUCGCCGCCGUUCUUGGCAACUCCUACCUCUCCUUCUUCUUACCCGAUUACACCGCUUACAAUGAGAUGCUGUCCCUCUUCAAGAACUUCUCUGCCAUUCCCGUUCCCUUGGCCGAGGAGGACGGCUACCACAUCCACCCCGAUCGCAUCGCCGAGGAGAUCUCCCGUGGCUCCUCCGUUAUUCUGACCUCGAACCCCCGUAACCCUACCGGUCGUGUCGUGGCCAACCCCGAGCUGGCCGAGAUCCAGGACAUCUGCCGUGGCCGUGCCACCUUCAUCAGCGACGAGUUCUACUCUGGCUACAACUACACAAGCAACUGUGACGGCAACACCAUCUCGGCCGCCGAGAACGUCGAAGAUGUCGACGAAGAUGACGUUCUCAUCAUCGAUGGCCUGACGAAGCGCUUCAGACUUCCCGGCUGGCGUAUCGCGUGGAUCCUUGGCCCCAAGGAGUAUAUCAAGGCCAUCGGCUCUUGUGGCAGCUACCUUGAUGGUGGCGCCAACCACCCCUUCCAGGAGGCUGCCAUUCCCAUGCUCGACCCCACCCUGGUCAAGGCGGAGAUGGUCUUCCUCCAGAAGCAUUUCCGCGACAAGCGCGACUAUGUUGUUCGCAGACUGCGCGAGAUGGGCUUCAUCAUCAAAUACGUUCCUGACUCGACCUUCUACCUCUGGUUGAACCUUGAGGGACUACCCGGUCCGAUCGCCGACGGCCUCAACUUCUUCCAGGCCUGCUUGGAGGAGAAGGUCAUUGUUGUCCCCGGUAUCUUCUUCGACCUGAACCCCUCGAGACGUCGUGAUCUCUUCGACAGCCCCUGCCACCACUUUGUGCGUUUCUCGUACGGUCCCAAGAUGGAGACCCUGAAAAAGGGCUGUGACGGCAUCGAGCGCGUCGUCAACAAGUUCCGCAAGUCGUCUGAUUAGACGAGAAGAGGUGGACUGUUCUCGGACAGGUGGAGUUGGUAAUUCGGCAUCCCAUGAAAGCACAAAAGAGGGGCAAAGAUCCAUACCCUGAUGUUGAAAUUUGUUUUUCCAUUUUUUUUUAAAUAUUUUUUUUUUGCAAGCAUACACGCGGACGGCACAGAUGAUGCCAAAGAGACAAGUGCGCCACAGGCGCGUUUUGGCGCGUGGACAAGAGACCCUAUGGUAGGUACUUCAGGGGCCAGGCUCUAAAGGAAUCAAAGAUCAAGAUCCACUACAUCAUGCAAAGUCACGAACUGCUGGGGUAAAGAGGAACCGGUUUCACCAUAUGGAGUACGUGUUGUCGUCGUUGUUGUGAACAUUUUUUAGAAGGGAACACGAACACGAGCUUCGCCUCAAAUCCCAAUGGUGUGAUGAU